GCUAUUAAUUUUAAUUAAUCAAAUAGUUUGUUAAUUAGUAGCGUAAAUGAUUUAAAACUUAAUUGCUUGGGUAUAUUAAUAUUGACAUCGACAUUGGACAGUUGUUGUCACCGCCUUGUACGGAGGUUACUAGGGAAAAAGGUUCUUACUCUUGCUCUCUUCUCUACUUGAUAAUAACUUUGUUACUCUAACCAGAAAGAUAGAGAUUCCAAGGGUUGACUUCAAUCUUAUCUGACUCGAUUCUGAACUUACUUCUCUCUCUCUCUAGAUUCACCCCUAAAUUCAGUUUCACAGCUUAUCUCUCCUCUCCUCUCCUCUCUUGCAAUUGCAAAUUUGAUUGAUUGAUUAUCUUCGUGUUUGUUUGGAUAUUGAUAACAAAUUAAGCAGGGAAAAUGGCCUUAACUAUUAAGCAGUUUUCCCUAAUAGUAGCCUUUUCUGGUCUGUUGUCCUUCAUUUUUGGAGUUGUUGCUGAAAAUAAAAAGCCUGCUGCUGGCAGUGUCACUCAAGUCCCAGGAAUAGGAGUUGUUAUAUGCAAAUAUCCCUCUGAUCCAACAGUGGCUUUGGGAUUUCUGUCUUUUGCAUUUCUGCUAGUAUCAACAGCUUUUGGGCUUUGGUCAUUGUUUUAUCCAUACAAGGGAAAGUCUGUUCCACAGGGUGCUUUGUUCAGGAACACUACUUUUGUCAUUUUCUUCAACAUUGCUUUGUUCACAGCAGGAAUAGCUGCAGCCCUCUUGUUGUGGCCUACAAUCACAGAGCAAUCCCACCUAUUGCACCAUGUCCAUCGCAAUCUUAAGACAGAUUGCCCUACCGCUAAGACAGGUUUGCUUGGUGGCGGUGCUUUUGUGUCCCUUGAUUCAGCACUUUUCUGGUUGGUGGCCUUGAUGUUGGCUGACAAUGCCCGAGAGGAUUACUUUGAGGAGGUAGAGAAGGACUCUAAGGGUGAAUACGGACAGGUUACCACCGAUGAGUAUGAUGGGCAUGCAGCCGCAAAGGAGACUGCAUAAAAAGUGUUUCCUUGAGGAUUUAGAUGGUUCCUAUGGUAUUGUAGUAUCGUUAUGCAACUUAAUGGUGUUGAAGUUUAAUGUGUAAUUUAGUUUAUGACCAUGGUCAUAUUUUAAUUGUCCUUUAAAUCAAAGCUGUAAAAACGUUUCUGCUCUCAACACUUUUCUGAAACAUAUGAAAUUAUAUAUAUUAUAUAAUAUACAUCCAGAUAUGUGACUGGUUUCUGUUUCAA